GAGAAAAAAUGAAAAAGAACUGACGAUCAUCGUGCUCCGGACAACAGGUUUUAUGAGUUCCAGGAGCUGGCCCUCCUUUCUAUGAGGUUGGCAUGUAUAUAUAAAUGUUUUUUGUGCCAUCUGAUUAAGGUUGAAAAUGACCAUGCAGUUCUUUAUUUAGUUUGGCACAGAGGUUAGUGGGUGCGGUGAAGGCAGCUCCUCAGUAACCUAUCAACUGUCAGAGACUGAGGGAUGAGCCGAGGCCGAAGGUCAGCUCUCCGCCAUAAGACAGCAAGCAUGAAGGGAAUGAUUCUCCAGCUCAGCCGCAGCCUGACCCGCACUGUGCCGCUUCUCCACAGGAGCAUCCAUACACGAGUACGCCCUGCCACCGUGUCCAAGCUCACCUCAGAGGAAAUCUAUGCUCGUGAGGAGAAGCAUGGAGCACACAACUACCAUCCCCUUCCUGUGGCUUUGGAGCGAGGCGAGGGUGUGUAUAUGUGGGAUGUGGAAGGCAACCGGUAUUACGACUUCCUCAGUGCUUACAGUGCAGUAAAUCAGGGUCACUGCCACCCUAAGAUCGUCGCCGCGCUCAUCGAGCAGACAUCCAGACUCACCUUGACUUCUAGAGCGUUCUACAAUGAUGUGCUGGGAUCCUACGAAGAGUACAUCACCAACAUGUUUGGAUAUGACAAAGUUUUACCCAUGAAUACAGGGGUUGAAGGUGGUGAGACGGCCUGUAAGCUUGCCAGGAAGUGGGCCUACACCGUGAAGGGGGUCCCAGACAAUAAGGCCAAGAUCAUUUUUGCAGAGGGAAACUUCUGGGGUCGCACAAUGGCUGCCAUCUCCAGCUCCACUGACCCCAGUAGCUACAAGGGUUUUGGUCCAUACAUGCCCGGUUUCGAGCUUGUCCCGUUCAAUGACAUCCCUGCACUGGAGAAAACUUUUCAGGACCCAAAUGUUGCUGCUUUCAUGGUGGAACCUAUCCAAGGAGAAGCAGGCGUGGUUGUGCCUGACCAGGGCUACCUGACCAAAGUCAGAGAACUUUGCACAAAGUACAAUGUGCUGUGGAUUGCUGAUGAGGUGCAGACAGGCCUGGCACGGACCGGCCGACGGCUGGCUGUUGACCACGAAGGCGUCCGCCCAGAUUUGGUGAUUCUGGGCAAAGCUCUCUCUGGAGGAGUUUAUCCUGUGUCUGCUGUACUCAGCGAUAAUGAGGUAAUGCUCACCAUUAAGCCUGGGGAACACGGAUCCACAUACGGAGGGAACCCUGUGGCUUGUCGUGUUGCUAUUGCAGCUUUAGAGGUGAUGGAAGAAGAGAAGCUUGCAGAAAAUGCUCAAAGGAUGGGAGAGCUUUUGCGGGCCGAGUUGAGGAAACUACCCAAAGACGUUGUAACAACAGUUAGAGGGAAAGGCCUCCUCAAUGCAAUUGUGAUUAAAGAGACCAAAGAUUAUGAUGCCUGGAAGGUUUGUUUGCGCCUUCGUGACAAUGGACUCUUGGCCAAGCCCACCCAUGGUGACAUCAUCCGACUGGCUCCGCCUCUCAUCCUCAAGGAGCACGAGCUUCAGGAAUGCGUCGAUAUCAUCCAGAGAACCAUCAUGUCCUUCUAAAAAAAGAAGAAAACAUAGUUAAAAUCUAAUGAGGCUAAGGAAUGCCUCUAAACAAUUUAGUGGCUUUUAUUAUGAUUUUAUUUGUACUUUCAUGACUCUUUUCAGGCUCUUUGAGAGAAACUUCAGUAGGAAUUCUAUGAGGAUACACUGACACUUUUCUAAAAGACAAUCCUGCAAAAGAGAGGAUACAGCUCGGUUUCCUAAGGAAAGGCCGUUGAAAGAUCUUACAUUUUGGCUGUGUUUAGUUUACCUUUUUUAAUUGUAGCUGUAAAUAACUAAUGGGUUUCUUUCAGAAACCUUCAAUUUAAAAAUGCAGAAACAGUAUUAUUACUGAAGCUUGUGGUCUGGUCAAAAAGGGCAAUAGCAGCCCUAUAGGAUAGUGAAGGAAAUGCGACUUUCUUUAUCUAUCAUUCUCCCACCACAUGAUUUCCGUCAGGUCAAACCAUCCUUCUACCACCAUUCUUAACAAUUUGUCUGAGAUAUUAAUAUCGAUAUGCUGUGUUUGCUUAUUUAGCUCCAACUCUACUACAGCUUUUACUAUAAUAUAGGUUAUCGUUUAAAUGUUUACUGCAUUUGUUUUUCAGCUCGACUGCUUUCUGUUGACAUGUUCCUGAAACGAUCUUGUUACAUAAUAGGUCAAAAGUCUGGAUAUUCUUAAGAUUUCAGAGGUUUUUAUUUUUGGUUUUUUUUAUAAUUGUGCAUUUGCAUUGUCACUUUUUAAUUUAAAAUCAAAUUCACCACAUGUUAUAAGUUUGUUGCCACAGAAUAAAAAAAUCUGUGAGGAAUUUCAAUCUGACAGCUUUGUUAAGUUUAUGUAAAAGAGGAGUUGAAGCAGCUUUUUGGACAAGUUGAAUGUUUGGAGGGCACAUGGUGCUAGCUGAGUCUAGCUUAGUUUUGACUAUUUGCUGUAUGUAUGUAUAUGAAGAUAGUCUUUUUAAAGAUGCCUGACGGUAUUACAAAACCUGUUCUCUUAAAUAAAUUAUUUCAGCAAAAA